AUGGCUGUUCUCUCAAAGGAGUACGGCUACGUCAUCCUAACAGGGGCUGCCAGCUUCGUCUUGGUCACAUACCUCGCGGUGAAAGUGGCCAAGGCCCGCAAGAAGUACAAUGUGGAGUAUCCAACCAUGUACAGCACAGACCCUGAACAUGGGCAUAUAUUCAACUGUAUCCAGCGUGCACACCAGAACACAUUGGAAGUUUAUCCUGCUUUCUUGUUCUUCUUAGCCACCGGUGGAGUCUACCAUCCGCGGACUGCUACAGGGCUUGGCAUCACCUGGAUCCUUGGGAGAAUCCUUUAUGCUCAUGGCUACUACACAGGAGAUCCAAAAAACCGAAGGAGAGGGGCCAUUGGUUCAGCUGCACUCAUUGGGCUGGUGGGCACAGGCGUGUAUUCAGCUUGCCAGCAUCUCGGCUGGAUCCACCAGGACUAA